AGCCAGGGCCGCGAUUUUAGGCACAUAACCGACACUACACCCUCUUUGCGGCCCCAUAAAACCCACACAGAGGCCUACACGCCCCCAAAACCCCCUUAUUAAGGCAAAAGAGCCGCCAAAACAGCAAGGCCUGGUCCGCACUAUCCGGUUUGUACCAGUUUCAAACCGAAAUUUUCAUGGCGAAUUGAACUCCUCUCAGGCCCUCCAGUCCCCUUUAUUUCUGCUUUCCGGGGCUGAGCGCGGCGAUAGGCAGGCUAGCAAGGGACAGGAAGGCACGUGGAUGUCCCGGAGGAGGAAAAUAGCGGGCAGCAGAGGACAUAGAGCAGAAGAUUGAAAAAAUGAGUCUGACUGUAGAAGCUUCAAAACUUUUAGACUUUAAUCAGAAAUUGGACAUACCUCUCCUUGACAAUGUCAUCGGUUUUAUGUACAAUGGGAUUGGAGAACAGCAACGCAUUGCCCAGGAGGUCCUCACCACACUCAAGGAGCACCCAGAUGCAUGGACGAGGGUGGAUGCCAUCCUUGAGUACUCACAGAACCAGCAGACCAAAUACUAUGCACUACAGAUCCUGGAGCAGGUCAUCAACACAAAGUGGAAGGUGUUGCCCAGAGACCAGUGUGAAGGGAUAAAGAAAUACAUCGUCAAUGUUAUCAUCAAACUGUCCAGCACGCCAGAAUCUCUAGACAGAGAAAAAGUAUACCUUAAUAAACUGAACAUGAUUCUUGUACAGAUCUUGAAGAGAGAAUGGCCCAAGAAUUGGCAGUCGUUUAUCCCAGACAUUGUCGGGGCAAGCAAAACCAACGAGUCAAUGUGCCAGAACAACAUGGUGAUCCUCAAGCUGCUCUCGGAGGAGGUGUUUGACUUCUCCACGGGACAGAUGACCCAAACCAAGGCCAAACACCUCAAGGACACCAUGUGCUCACAGUUCCAGCAGGUGUUCCUCCUCUGUAUAUUUGUUAUGGAAAACUCACAAAACCCAACUCUUGUUAGUGCCACAUUAGAAACUCUACUAAGAUUUCUGAACUGGAUUCCUCUUGGGUACAUCUUUGAAACAAAGUUGAUCAGCACGCUUAUCUACAAGUUCUUAGGCUUGCCGCUCUUCCGUAAUGUGACGCUCAAGUGUCUGACGGAGAUUGCUGGAGUGGCUGUCCCUUCCUAUGAUGAGUCCUACAUCAUGAUGUUUUCACAGACCAUCACACAACUGCAGGAAAUGCUUCCAUUGGACACCAACAUCAGAGAAGCAUACGCCAAUGGCCAGGAUGCAGAACAACAGUUUAUCCAGAAUUUGGCACUGUUUCUAUGCACUUUUUUGAAAGAGAGAGGAUCCCUGGUAGAGAAAAAGCAGCUUAGUGAUGCGUUACUUAAGGCAUUGCAGUACCUGAUCCUGAUAUCUGAGGUGGAUGACACGGAGAUAUUCAAGAUCUGCCUUGAGUACUGGAAUGCCCUCGCCUCAGACCUGUACAGAGAGUCUCCCUUCCUCCCUCCCACCAGCGCCUCGCCACUUUACCUUCCUAGACCAAACUCUCGCCGCCAGUUUUACCAGCCCAUCCUCACCAAAGUGAGAGCGCUGAUGAUAAGUCGAAUGGCAAAACCAGAGGAGGUGCUGGUGGUGGAGAAUGAGCAGGGUGAGGUGGUGCGGGAGUUCAUGCGGGACACCGACUCCAUCAACAUGUACAAAAAUAUGCGUGAGACUCUUGUUUACCUCACCCACUUGGACUACGCAGACACAGAGCGCAUUAUGACGGAGAAGCUGGCAAAUCAGGUCAAUGGAAGCGAGUGGUCGUGGAGAAAUCUGAACACUUUGUGCUGGGCUGUCGGGUCCAUUAGUGGUGCCAUGCCAGAGGAGGACGAGAAGAGAUUUUUAGUGAUUGUGAUAAAAGACUUGCUUGGUCUUUGUGAACAGAAAAGAGGAAAGGACAAUAAGGCAAUCAUUGCAUCAAAUAUCAUGUAUAUUGUGGGACAGUACCCAAGAUUCCUGCGCAUACACUGGCGGUUCCUCAAGACAGUCAUCAAUAAACUUUUUGAGUUUAUGCAUGAAACUCAUGAUGGUGUGCAGGACAUGGCCUGUGAUACUUUCAUCAAGAUUGCGCAGAAGUGUCGCCGACAGUUUGUCCAGAUGCAGGUUGGGGAAGCGAUGCCAUUCAUAGAAGAGAUCCUUUCCUCCAUCAACUCCAUCAUUUGUGACUUACAGCCUCAACAGGUACACACCUUCUAUGAGGCGGUGGGCUACAUGAUCAGUGCCCAGACAGACCAGGUUAUCCAGGACCACCUCAUUGGCAAGUACAUGAUGCUACCCAACCAGGUGUGGGAUGAAAUCAUCAACCAGGCAUCCAGGAAUGUUGACAUUUUAAAAGACCCUGACGUGGUGAAGCAGCUUGCCAACAUCUUGAAGACCAACGUACGAGCGUGUAAGGCUUUGGGUCACCCCUUCGUGUCACAGUUGGGACGUAUCUACCUAGACAUGCUUAACGUGUACAAAGUGAUGAGUGAGAACAUUAGUGCUGCCAUUGCCCUGAAUGGAGAAGGAGUCACGAAACAGCCACUCAUCAAGUCCAUGCGAGUAGUCAAGAAGGAGACCCUCAAGUUGAUAUCAGGCUGGGUAUCCCGCUCAGAUGAUCAUGUGCUGGUUCUCGAUAACUUCAUUCCUCCAUUGCUGGAAGCAGUCUUGAUGGACUAUCAGAGAACGGGUGUACCAUCAGCAAGAGAGCCAGAGGUCUUGUCCACCAUGGCUACAAUCGUAAAUAAGCUUGAGUCACACAUCACACAGCAAGUUCCCAAGAUCUUUGAUGCUGUGUUCCAGUGCACUCUCGCAAUGAUAAACAAGGACUUUGAAGAAUUUCCAGAGCACAGAACAAACUUCUUCCUCCUCCUGCAGGCUGUCAACACCCACUGUUUCACAGCAUUGCUCAACAUACCUCCAGCUCAGUUUAAGUUGGUGCUGGAUUCUAUCAUUUGGGCAUUCAAACAUACCAUGAGAAAUGUGGCAGAUACUGGAUUGCAGAUCCUCUACCAGUUGCUACAAAACAUUUCUACUCAUGAACAUGCAGCGAGCAGCUUCUACCAGACAUACUACACAGACAUCUUGCAGCACAUAUUCUCUGUUGUCACGGAUUCUUCACACACAGCGGGUUUGACAAUGCAUGCAUCCAUCCUGGCAUACAUGUUCACUCUAGUGGAGCAAAACCGUAUCACAGUGAGCCUGGACUCUGCCAACCCUACAGCCCCAAGCACGAGCAAUGUCACCUACGUCCAGGGCUUUGUGGCCAACCUUCUCAAGGCUGCCUUCCCUCACCUGUCUGAGAACCAGAUCAAGAUUACUGUUCAGGGCAUGGUGAACCUCAACCAGGAUAUUCCUGCCUUCAAGGAACAUUUGAGAGACUUCCUUGUACAAAUCAGAGAGGUUACUGGAGAUGACGAUAGUGACCUCUUCCUGGAGGAGAGGGAAGCCACCCUCCGCCUGGCCCAGGAGGAGAAGCGCCGUGUACAGAUGAGUGUGCCAGGCAUACUCAACCCCCACGAGAUCCCUGAGGAGAUGCAGGACUAAUGGCCAAGUCACUUGAGUCCAGUGGGAUAGUCCACAGCUGUCCUGAGUUCUCCUUUGUUCUAUGUCACCGUCAAACUGGGUAUUAUGCUUUCAUACUUAUUACUUCAUGAAUGAAUAUUUUCCUCCUUAAAAAGAGCUAUUUUCUUUAAGCCACUUCAAGUCUGAAUGAUCUCAUUACUGAAAUCUUUAUUGAACUUUGGAAAAUGGUAGAGGUUGUUAUCCUCCAUCCUGUUUGAGACUUAGGUACUGCUUUAGUUGAAUAUUUUCACUAUUCUUAUUCUAUCACAUGCAUAUAUCAGGUUCAUAUAACAAGCUCUUGAGUAUUGGUAUAGAAUAUUCAGAGUGUAAAUAGAAACUGUCAUUCUUCAUUCACUCAUUAUUCCUCAUAAAGCCUUAGGGCCAAGGAGCCUUUGUCCAAUAGUCUCGACAAAGGUGUUGUAACUAAGCCAUCUCACUGUCAAAGCCAGAGCACCCAUUGUUAAGCAUCCAGAUUCAUGCCAUUAUUUGAUUUCCUGGAAAAAAAUCCUGCUGGGGAAACAAAGGCCCUGCCAGUCACAGCAGUUUCCACCACCUCCACCCUGAACACAUCAUUGCCAACCAUGCUGUCUCGUGAGAUAUUCUAAACAGUGUUGACCAGUGUAUUUGAACUUUACUAGCUAUACUUGUUAAAGGUGACCUAAUUCAAACCGUUCAAAGGGGCUGGAUUUGUAAUAAGGAGAAUUUCAGUUGAGAAUAGAGACUUAUGUACAUGGUGUACAUGAUCAGCUUAAUUGUUACCUCAUGAGGUCACGGGAUGAACCUCAGACCAGACAAGGAGACACUUUUUCUAUUGUCAUUUGAAAGGGAACAAAUAUUUUUGAAAAAUCAACAAAACUGUUGAAGUGAGAAGUGUUUUGACCAGAAAAUUUUGUACUUGGUCUUGUUGCACCAGAUUCAUCAUUGUACUUUUGGGUCAAAUCCACUGGAAAAUAUAUCAUCUGUACAACAGUAACAGUUACGUAUGAGUGUCUGUGAGAUUAGUGUUAUGUAAAAUCUUUCAAGUCAGUACAUUAUAGCGACUCUGUGAUCACACCAAAAGGCACUGUCUUGUGGGUGUUUAUUUCCGAUGGCAGUGCGUCUAGUGGAGUGAGAGUGAUGUGUGGAACAGUGAGGUCAGCAGAUGGAAUUUUCUGUCUUUCUUGGUCAAAUGGCUCAAGUGGCAAGUAACUUCUGUUUUCAGCAGAAAUAAAUACUCCAGUGACAGUGUCCCACCAAGGUUGGUUGCCUGCUUGCCCACCCCAGCACUGAGGCCACCCCUCCCCAGCACAUGUCCUGGGCAGAGCUUUUCUGUGUGUGCAUGGAAAGUGUGAGAACCUUAUUUAUAUCUAAGGAAAGUGAAUGUUUGUUGUUUAUCAGUCAAUGCUCUGGCUUUGGGGUUCAGAUUGGCAUUUGUAUUGUUACUUAGGAAUAAUACAUGGCUGGCAGGCCCAAUGGGCCUAUGGUGAAACCUCAGUUUUGUAGAGGACUAGCUGAUUGUGAGACUGUAUUUGCCAUUAUAUGAAUGUGUGUCUUUUUUUUCUGUUGUGGUAGUACAUACUGUAGAAACUGAUGAUGAUGUGCCAGACCCAUGUGCUUGUGGAUCCCUUCUGGCUGCACUGCUGGAGUCUGGACUUCUGCCUUGUGUUGUUUAACAAAUUUGUCUUUAGUUUGUGCUUGAAUGAGCCUAGGGAGCAAUAAGGAUGCCCCUCAAGGGCUUUGGGGGUGAGUCUCCUCUCCUAGCACUCCUGUUUGACCAAAGUUUGUGUUGUGUGGAUGUGAGAAAUGGCUGUCAACUGAAAUUAUCACUGGUUUAGUUUAAUUUUGUGACUAAUGGUCUUAGGUAUUGAACAAGUCUAAGGCUUCCACCCCUUUUUUCUCAAAGAUUUCAUACAUUCAAAGUAUGCUAAUGUGGAUGGUUUUUAUUUAUCAUUUCAUACUUGCUAAAGUUUUGUGUUGCUGCAAGAACAAGUGAAGGUUUCCAAGGGGAGGUGACUGGCUGUGUGUGGCUGUUCUUGGCCACCAUUACUUUCAUCUCGCCUUAGGCCAUUACGAGUAUCAGGUACUUUGAAAAUCGUGUUUAAGCCUCACAACCACAGAGUAAUCUUUUCUUCUCACUUCAAUGGCUGUUAAGUAAGCAUAAUGUUACAUAAUCAAAGUUUGGUAUAAUGUCAAUGCUUUUGGGGACUAUAUUAAGCCUUGGUCACAGGUUCCAGUCAUGGAAUAGAAGUUUGUGCUUUGUGUAAAUCACAAGUAUGCGGAGUAAAUGCUAAAUUCCCCUUUAUUUUCUACAAUUGUAUGCACAAGGGCUCCUGAGAGACUAGUCUAGAUGGAUUGGCCGUAUCUCAAGCAAGAACUGCAUAACAGUGGGAGAUUUUUCUUCCAUGAGUUAUUUUCAUACUUUCCUGCAGAAUUGCAGGAAAAUUAAUGUUUCAUGGAAUAGGGAAAUUUUUCCUUUGGAAAGAAAUCUUAAUACAUAACCUUGUUAAGGUAAUCUUUGUAUGUAAGGUUGUAUGUGUGUAAUUUAUUAGAAAUCUCCUCUUUGUAUUGAAUGUAAGCUGUCAUUGUAUCAUUAUUUUAUUAUAGUCAUUGAUUUCCUCAACUUUUCUUGCAAGGGGCCACAUUGCCGUAUAAGAUUUGGAAGCGGCAAACACAAAAUACUUCAUAGAAAAUUCCGCAUUACGCUUAUGCUCCCUUAUGUAUUGUCCCUUAUUGUUCAGACAUCUUCAUAAAAAUUAUUGUGCAUUAAACUGUAGCAAAUUCACUGCAAAUAAUGUAUGCAUGGUUUAUCCAAAUCUUGAUCUGGAAGUCUGCACCAGCUAUUAAGAUCAGUUUAGUUUUUUCAGGUGUAUUGAACUUCAUUGAUCUUGAAGACAGGCAGAUUUUCUCUACAAUAUGGAAGAUUGUUUUUUGUAAAACUUUAUUUAAAUAUUAUUUGGGUUUUGUUAAGUUUUGAGUUUGAAAUCUUGUUCAUAUGUGUAUGUGAUUUGCUAUAGUGUUGACUAGUGUACCUUGAGCCUCAGACAGUCCUACCGCUAGCUGAGAGCAUCCCUAGCUAGACACAUUAAUUUUGGAGCAAGACUUGUAUUACCACCAGGUUAAGGGUUUAGUGGGCCCUCAGAUGCAUCCCUUGGGGUGGCGGAUGUUGACCUUCAUUGUGGCGGUGGUGGCAGGCAGGCCCCUCACUGACAGCCUCUGGCAGUGAUAUGGUGGGUGGGAGGGAGGGAGGGAACAGCAAAAGCAGUGUAGUGUGUGUGGGGAUCUCUGGAGAACACUUGUACCUUCCUGUAGUUUCGGCUCGACUUACUAACAUUCAGAACGAUGUCGCAUAUGGGAUAUUGUCUCUACGCGUCCCGGGUUCAUGAUGUUCUUCCACCCCCAUAGUAUGUGUGCUGUGUGUCUCCUUCAGUGCAUUGAGCCUGAGUUGCUGUGUCUCUGUUUUAAGAGAUGACGAGUCUUGUGUGACUGGAAGUUUUGAUAUUCUGCUAUUUGUGCAAAACUUAGCAAAAUAAAUAUUUUACAUGAA